AUGUAUAAAACAGUGAAAAUAAGCGAUGUCAAACCAGAACAAAAAGGUGCCAAAAAACGUUUGGAUAAUCGUCCAUUCACAAUAGAUGAUAGUUAUUGGAUAAAUAAGAUUCGUGAUUAUGGUUCACAAGAGUCAGCUAAUCAAUAUCGAAUACAGUAUCAAAUAUCCAAUUCUAACUUUACCGAUUAUUCUAUGAAUCCUGUGCUCCAUUCGUUUAUGUGGGCUUAUAAUAAUCAUGAAGAUGUAAUUCUAUCUCCCGAUGAUUUAUGGUUAAUGAUAUUAAUUUAUUUUUCAAAAUAUGUCAACGAUAAUGCCGAACAAUUGCGUAGUUUAUUUGUUGAUCAUCAAGGAAAGAAAAAGUUAAUAGUUACUGAGCCAAUGGGUAAACGAGAAGAAGAUUGGACUGACUUUUUUGAAAUGAUGAAAGAGAAAAUAUCAGAAAAUGUAAAAAAUGAGGAUAUUAUUGAUCAAUUAACAUCAAAUUUUUCAACAACAACGGAGAUUGAAUCAAUUUUGUCUUAUGCCUGUAUAAUGGAUACGUUCCAAGCUUAUUUUUCUUAUGGUCGAUGUAUUCCUGGUUGCGGGAUAAGAGCUGUUCAUUUUGAAGGUACAUUGGAUGAUUGGCAUUUAUUGAAAAAUAAAACGGAACAGUUAAAAAUGUAUACUAAAAAAUGUGAUAAGUAUGAACAAUAUUUGGACAAUUUAUUGCCAAUAUUAGAUGAAUUUAUCAAAACAUAUCAGGGACAAGUGAAUUCUAUCUUUUGGGACCAUAUAAUGGAUUUAAACAAUGGUCGACUAGGUUCAGGUAGAACAACGUAUCUUACUGGAUGGAUAUUAAAACUAUUUUAUGGUGUUGAUAUUAAUUCCAAAAACAUUGACUUCGAUGCUAUUAAGCUGAAUAAUAUAAAAGUACCAGUUGAAGUUGAAAAUCAUUGUACUGGGAAAAAGAAAACAUGCUAUGUUAUCGGUGGAUUUCAUGGUGUUUAUAGCGAAGAUCACAAACACAAACCCGUUAUGAGUUUGGCUGUAAUUGAAGAUUUAUCAACGAUAAAAAGUCUUGGAAGUGCUUAA